CUAUGCUCGGCGUUGUACACAAAUGAGGAACAGAUCCCGCUUUGGCUCUCAAGCUACACAUUCCGUAAAGCAGUGCCAUUUCAUCAGUUUUAGGAAUCAGUUUGAAAGGUGUUUCAACAAUGACGUCCAUACGUAUGUUCUGUUUGAUAGCAUUGGCCAUCGAUUGCCAUGCCGUGGCCUGGUGCCCUGUACGUCUACCCGGCCAAGAUGAUUUUUCUUGCAGAAACCAGCGAAUGAAGAACCUAAACAUCAGUCGUACAAAAUAUGGUAUUAAAAAAGCCACGACAGAAAUGCCAUAUAAUCGACUGAACAUGAGUCCAGCCCAGUAUUAUAAAUUUCUCGCAACCGCCCCGUUCCUUGCAGGGCACGCUAGACUCUAUAUCACACAGGCAAGGUUUGCCGCCCAAACAUCGCUGGCGUAUUCAUCAGGUACUUUUCACAGCAAUCGACCAGAAAUGACGAUGUUUGACUUUGCCGCCAUAAGGGCAUUCUACAGGAACGUCAUUUCAUCGCCAGCUAACCCCAUAAGGGCUUACAUGAAGUACCCAUCAGAACACGAACCGUUUCAGUCAAACUUUAACAAGUGGAUCUCAGACCAUUUUUUCGCUGAACAACGAUUGGCUGGAAUAAACCCAUUGACGAUCCAGAAAAUCACGCUGUCAAGGAAAAUCGGAAUGAACCUCCGAAACCUCAAGCAGCUUUUAAACCCUAAGUUUAACUUGGUCAAAGCUGUGAAUAAAGUGCUCAGUUUCGUCAAAGACAACGCUUCGCUGAGAAAGGCAAUCAAGAACGAUUACUUGUUUGUUCUUUACCAUCCAUUGGGAAAAGGUAUUCAAUCGUCACCUGACCUAACGGACAACAAUCCUAACAGAACAAUGUGGAAAUUUAAAUCUCCCAUUGCAUUGUUUGCAUCACGAAAAGCAGCACUGACUCCCAUUGCUAUUCAAAUGGAUGAUGAUAGAGAUGCCCCAGUUUAUACUCCACAAGACGGUGACAACUGGAUGCUUGCAAAGCUCAACACUAAUCUGGCAGACAUAUCCAUAAGUCAGAUAGUCGAACAUCUUAAUAAGGUCCACUUCACAAUCGAGGCAGUGUGCUUGAGCGUAGAAAGACAGCUAUCAGCACAUCAUCCCUUGUAUGACAUACUGCGAUUUCACUGUAGAGGUGUUUUAACAACAAACACGCUUGGRGCUCCUACACUUUUGAAUGACAACGAAGCCUUGGAUCGUGUAUAUGAGUUUGGCAACGAAGGCGUAAAGAAGAUAUCGAAGAAAGCUGCUGCAAUAAUUGACUGGCGUGAUCUAGACUUACGAAACAACCUGAAGAGAAGAGGAGUUUAUCGAAGAAGAAGUCUUCCCUAUUAUCCCUACAGAGAUGACGGAUUUGUUAUAUACAACGUGCUAAAAGGGAUGUCCAUUGCUUACGUAAAAGCAUUUUACCGCUCAAGCCGAAAUGUUAGAGGAGAUUACGAAUUGCAAAACUUUGCACGCGAAAUUUCAAAAGGUGGCAAUGGAGAGAUUCGUGGGUUCCCUGCUCGUAUCAGAAGCAGGGCCAGUUUGGUUAACACUUUGGCACGAAUUCUUUGGUUGGUGACAGGUCAACACACGGCGGUCAACUACCCGUUAAGCGACUAUGCUACGUACAUACCUAACGCACCUGGAAAACUGUACGAUAUAAAAGGAGUUCCCUCUAACAAAUUURCAGUAAAACGAUUUGAGAACCGGCGAACGUCAGUGGAUCAGAUGUAUUUCUAUACCUCGCUAGCUUCCUUCCGUAUGGAUCGUCUCUUUGACUACGGAUCGCAGCUAAAAACCCGAAAGGGUAAAAAGAUCUURCAACGCUUCAAGCGCAUACUGGACAAGAGAGUAGAGCCAAUGCUGGCAAGGAGAAACCGRAACCGCCAAAGAAAAGGUCAUUUGACUUACCCAUAUUUUCAGCCCAGCUGGAUGACUAAUGGUGUUCAGGCCUAGCUCGUUGACGUAGAAUUCAGCAACAUUGAUGAGUWCAAUAUGUWRAACUGUACUAACCUUUCCGAAUUUAAAAAAAACCUUCAAUGUACUCAAGCUUUUAAAAUUUCACAAUGUUAAUGUAACUGUAACUGUAAGUUUGUAUUUUGAAAUAAAAAAAUAGGUUCUUCACUA